AUGAAGAUAUUUUUCAGUCAGGGCCCUCUCUGUCUUCUCUACACUGGGAGCAGCUCUCCUGCCAUGGCCCUUCGUCCCCAUCCCCUGAAAACAUACCCUUGCGCCAAGGUUGUCUCCACCCCCUCUUUGAUCAGGAGAACCUCUCCACUAUUGAGUCUAUCACUGUCUGCCGUGGUGCUGAAACAACAGGAGACCCUGACAGAUGAGAGCCACCGCAGCUUGGCAGCCCCACGUCCCCUGACCACCUCACUUAUUCCUAGCCGCAGCUCCCAAACCAGUGCCAUUUUAAGGGACAUUGACACAGCAGCCAAGUUCAUUGGAGCCGGGGCUGCCACAGUAGGGGUGGUUGGCUCUGGGGCUGGAACUGGGGCUGUGUUUAGGCACCUCAUCAUUGGGUAUGCCAGGAACCCUUCUCUGAAGCAAGAGCUCUCCCCCUACGCCAUCCUGGGCUUUGCCCUCUCAGAGGCCGUGGGGCUCUUUUGCCUGAUGGUGGCUUUUCGCAUCCUCUUUGCCAUGUGA